GGUUUCUUAUCGCUUAUGGUGAAACUGAGCCAUUUGUAGCUGCCGCUGUCACUCCCCGCCUUGCUCCGACAAUGGUUGCCUCCAAGAAGACCAAGAAGACCCAUGAGAGCAUUAACAACAGAUUGGCUCUCGUUAUGAAAAGUGGGAAAUACACUUUGGGUUACAAAACUGUUCUCAAAUCUCUCAGAAGCUCCAAAGGUAAGUUGAUCAUCAUUGCCAACAACUGCCCUCCUCUUAGGAAGUCAGAGAUCGAGUAUUAUGCCAUGUUGUGCAAGGUUGGAGUUCAUCACUACAAUGGAAACAACGUAGAUUUGGGCACUGCUUGCGGUAAAUAUUUCAGGGUGUGCUGCCUCAGCAUUAUUGAUCCUGGUGACUCUGAUAUCAUUAAGAGCAUGCCUGGUGAUCACUAAGUUAAUGAGGAUAGCAUAUCCUCAUGUUUUGUUUUGAUUUAGCUUCUAAUUAUUGUUAGUUUGAAACAUUGACGUUAAACGGAACUUCACUUUCGUUGUUUCCAUCUGGAUAUUUGGCCUAUGUUCUGGAGAUUUUGUAUUAUUGUUUUG